UGAUCACUGGCGAGGCUUUUCAGCUGGUUAGCCAAACAUCCACAGAAAAAGAGAUGAGCAGGAAAACGAGACGAAGAAACUGAUACCAAUUUAUUCCAGACUAGAAGAAUACCAACCGAAAGAAAACAUCUUUGGGUGGUACAUUGAAACCUCGGCACACAGCAUUCCUCAUACCUAAGGGCCAAAGCUUCAACUGAUGUUCUACUGGACCAAGUCGUUGUGUAACAUAUUAUCAGCCAGUGGACAAGUACAGCAGUCCAGAAUUCAGGACAACAUGCUGAACCCAACUUACCACAACAUAUGGCAAUAAAUCAGUACUAUACUGUUUAGUCACACCCAAAUAUCCGAUCAAAAGGGAAACCUCUAAACUUCUUCAGUUUUUGAUAAACUCGAGACAUUUUUGCUGGCAAAUGUGUGCGCUGGGGUUGGGUGCAUGGGUGUUUUGCUGACAGUAGGCUGUUUUCAUGGUGGACUGGUAUGUUUGAGCUUGGAGCUAGUGUAGCUUCAUAUAGCAUGUUAGCUUAUGGCUAGUUGUGUAUGAUAUCAGAUCAAGCCAUUAUCCUCCCCUCCAUCACCAUCUCUGGCCCCUACAAGGGGGGUAUAAACCAAUAGGCAGUGGGGCCCCCUUACCCUGUCAUUUUUUUCAUCUCUCUUUUGUUAAGUCAUCUGUCCAUCCACUCAACAGUCAUCAGUUUUUGCUUUUGCUCCAUCACUCUUGUAUAGUACUGAGCACUCUUUAAUUCAGCGUAACUCAGCUCUGGUCCUGUAUGAGAUCCAGUUCUUUGAAUUCAUUUCACAUGUGCCCAAGUUCAACUUAAAUUUCCACAGCUCCUUAUCCUCUUUAAAGUCAAAUCCAGUCCACGUUUUGGCAGAGCAUAGACCACACUAUUGUCUGACAGUCAAGCCGCCAGGCAGUUGUUUUGGUAGGUGUUUUGGUUGCAUGGAAUUGGCUUAACCGUGGAGAGGCCAGGCUACCACAAACUGAUGGACUUUGACAAGAGGGGAGUAGGGGGAGGUGGGGGAGGGGGUGGUGGAGGAGGUGGAGGAGGUAAGGGGGAAACCGAGGAGGGGAAGAGGAUGUCAGGGAAGACGGGAAGUCGAUCAGGACAUGGUGGCCGGGGUGCUGGCUCCAACUCUGGGGUUCUAAUGGUCGGACCAAACUUCCGGGUUGGAAAGAAGAUCGGCUGUGGGAACUUUGGAGAGCUGCGACUUGGAAAGAACCUGUACACCAAUGAAUAUGUGGCUAUCAAACUGGAGCCUAUCAAGUCACGGGCACCACAACUUCACCUAGAAUAUCGCUUCUACAAACAACUGGGAAGUUCAGAGGGGGUACCCCAGGUGUUUUACUUUGGACCAUGUGGUAAAUACAAUGCAAUGGUUCUGGAGCUCCUAGGACCCAGCUUAGAAGAUCUGUUCGACCUCUGUGACCGGACUUUCUCUCUAAAGACUGUACUCAUGAUAGCUAUACAGCUGAUCACCCGCAUGGAGUUUGUCCAUACCAGAAGCCUGAUUUACCGAGACGUGAAGCCCGAGAACUUCCUGGUGGGCCGACCUGGCUCCAAACGACAACACACCAUUCACAUCAUAGACUUUGGCUUGGCGAAGGAAUACAUAGACCCAGAGACCAAGAAACACAUCCCUUACAGAGAACACAAGAGCCUGACUGGAACUGCUAGAUAUAUGAGCAUCAAUACACACCUGGGGAAAGAACAAAGCAGACGGGAUGACCUGGAAGCUCUAGGCCACAUGUUCAUGUAUUUCCUUCGAGGCAGCCUACCCUGGCAGGGACUCAAGGCCGACACGCUGAAAGAACGUUAUCAGAAGAUAGGAGACACGAAGAGAGACACACCGAUUGAGGUCCUCUGUGAAAGCUUCCCAGAAGAGAUGGCCACCUACCUGCGGUACGUGCGACGGUUGGAUUUCUUCGAGAAGCCAGACUAUGACUAUCUGAGGAAACUCUUUACAGACCUCUUUGACAGAAAUGGCUACAUCUUUGAUUACCAGUAUGACUGGACCGGAAAGCCACUGCCCACCCCUAUCGGUCCAGUGGCCAGUGAGACCCCACUUCAGUCGAGCAACCGAGAGAAAGCGCCGCAGACCAAAAAUCAGUCUCCAGAGGGGAAAGGCAGUGAGUCCCAGCCCACUCCAGUGACCAAUCGAGAGCUGCUGGGCUCCCAUCUCACUGCUGAUAGGCUGGGCGGGUCUGUCCAGGUGAUGAGUUCAACCAAUGGGGAGCUGAAUACAGACGACCCCACUGCGGGACACUCCAAUGCACCAAUCACAGCCAAUGCAGAGGUGGAAGUGGCUGAUGAUACCAAGUGCUGCUGUUUCUUCAAGAGGAGGAAGAGGAAAGCUCUGCAGAGACACAAAUGAAGAAGAGAGAGGAGAAGGGAACCUUGGUCUCUUGCUCCUUCUCUCUCUCUCUCUUUCUCUCUCUCUCUCUCUCACACUUGUCUAGCCCUCUUCAUACGACCCUCUCUUUAACCCACCCUUCUGACCCUCCUCCUCUGCUCUUGGAGGUCCUUUUAGCCUACUGUGGGUUGGCUUGUCUCACUGGACCUCCAGGCAGGAGAAUGUUUCCUAAGCUGAUCUGCUGGUUUCUACUGCUCUGCACUGACCAGGAAGACAGACAGACAGACAGAAUAACGCGUUUGCUGUUCCACCUCGGAGCUUUAAAUGUGGACUAGCUGUACCAGCAGCGGUGUCUUCAUGUAUUUUACGAACUGGAACUGGAUAAAUACAAACUGCUGUGAGAAACAAGUGACCGGUUGAUAUACUGCAAAAGUCAAACUGAUUGGCUAACAGACUGGAUUCAGCUGGUUCACUGACAGACUGGCUACUUCCCUUUUUUUUCCUUCCUUAUUUACUGGUUCAGAGAACGGAGACGUCUGUUUCUGAGGAGAUAUGGAAGAGAGGACAACGAAAGGAUGAGUGGCAAUGAUACUGUUGGACCACAUGUGCGCGCACACACAUACACACAUGUACAAACACACUGCUCACUCAACAUAAAGAGACUUCAUGGACACAGAGAUGCAGCUCUUGCACAUAGUCUAUCAAGUUUUUAUUCCGUAGGGUUGAUGGACGUACACUGUGAGCAGCCUUGUCUAUUUCCUGCAGCGGCUCUGGCUCAGUGUACUUCUCAGAAUCAUUCACCCUGCAAGGAAAACCUCACAACCACCAGACUCAAAAGUUAAAAAAGAUGUUUAUGUGAAAACUUUACUUUUUUCCCCCUCAUUUUAAUUUGUAACUAAAAAGACUGUCUGCAGUUUGGAACCUGUGUUUUUUUUUUUUUCUGUAUUUUGGAGUUUUGUGUUUUGUAGCUUUGAGUGUGAUCUUCAAAAUGUAUUUUUUUUAAUAACUUGUAUUUUAAAUUUUCCGUUUUUUUUUUUUUUGGUUUUUUUUUCCUUUUCUCUCUGGGUUGGAGGAUGGAAAGGCGGGUAAC